UUUACAGUACCAUGUACCCGUAAACGGCGAGAGCGAGCAGCUACAAUAGAAGUCUAUGAUAGUUUCAAAAUGGGUUUUUUAGCGCCGAAUCCAUUAUCACUGACCACCACAAAGAUAAAAGAAAAUGAAUCGCGGCACGAAACGACCAAAGGGUUAGCCGAGAAAAAGAGAGAGAAAACAAAGAAAGCAUGGUUGGCUUCAGUUUCACAACGCCAAUAUAAAACGAAAAAUCAUCAAGAAAAUGUUUAGAUCCAUUUUUGGACUAAAUUUUUUUACAAGACCUCGGUCUACAGGAGGUAUGGACUCUUCUUUGAAGAAGUCCAAACGAAGGAGUGAGAGACCUUCGUCUCCUGAAGACCUCAACCCUCCCACCAUCUUUAGGGAGCACAGACGAUGGGGUGAGAGACCUUCGUCUAGUGGAGACACCAACCCUUCUACCAUCAUGAAGGAACACAGAGAAAGGGGUGAGGGCCCUUUGUCUUGUGCAGAACACAAGCCCUCUACCACCAGGCAGCGAGUACGAAGGGGUGAGAGCCCUUCUACUUUAUCCUCUGAAGACAAGCAGCCUUCUACUCCAAGGCGGCAGCAAGCAUGGAGAGGUGAGAGCUCUUUGUCUUCCUCUUCUGAAGAUGAUGAGCCCUCUACCACCAGGCAGCGAGUACGAAGGGGUGAGAGCCCUUCUACUUCAUCCACUGAAGACAAGCAGCCUACUACUCGGAGGCGGCAGCAAGCAUGGAGAGGUGAGAGCCCUUCGUCGUCAUCUUCUGAAGAUGACCAGCGUUGUACCACAAGGCUGCUAGUACGAAGAGAUGUGAGCUCUCUGUUCAUCGUGGGCACCAACCAUUCUGCCAUCACGAAGGAGAGCAGACAAAGGGAAGAGAGCUCUUUGUCUUCCUCUUCUGAAGAUGAUGAGCCUUCUACCACCAGGCAGCCAUUACGAAGGUUUGAGAGCCCAUCCUCUGAAGACAAGCAGCCUUCUACUCCAAGGCGGCAGCAAGCGUGGAGGGCUGAGAGCCCUUCGUCGUCAUCUUCUGAAGAUGACCAGCGUUGUGCCACCAGGCUGCUAGUACGAAGAGAUGUGAGCUCUCUGUUCAUCGUGGGCACCAAACCUUCUGCCAUCACAAAGGAGAGCAGACAAAGGGAAGAGAGCUCUUUGUCUUCCUCUUCUGAAGAUGAUGAGCCUUCUACCACCAGGCAGCCAUUACGAAAGUUUGAGAGACCUUCCUCUUCAUCCACUGAAGACAAGGAGCCUACUACUCGGAGGCGGCAGCAAGCAUGGAGAGGUGAGAGCCCUUCGUCGUCAUCUUCUGAAGAUGACCAGCGUUGUACCACCAAGCUGCUAGUACGAAGAGAUGUGAGCUCUCUGUUCAUCGUGGGCACCAAACCUUCUGCCAUCACGAAGGAGAGCAGACAAAGGGAAGAGAGCUCUUUGUCUUCCUCUUCUGAAGAUGAUGAGCCUUCUACCACCACCAGGCAGCCAUUACGAAGGUUUGAGAGCCCGUCCUCGUCAUCCUCUGAAGAUGACCAGCGUUCUACUCCAAGGCGGCAGCAAGCGUGGAGGGCUGAGAGCCCUUCGUCGUCAUCUUCUGAAGAUAACCAGCGUUGUGCCACCAGGCUGCUAGUACGAAGGGAUGUGAGCUCUCUGUUCAUCGUGGGCACCAAACCUUCUGCCAUCACGAAGGAGAGCAGACAAAGGGGAGAGAGCUCUUUGUCUUCCUCUUCUGAAGAUGAUGAGCCUUCUACCACCAGGCAGCGAGUACGAAGGUUUGAGAGCCCUUCGUCGUCAUCUUCUGAAGAUGACCAGCGUUCUACCACCAGGCAGCAAGAACGAAGGGCUGAGAGACCUUCCUCUUCAUCUUCUUCAUCUACCACAAGGAGGCAGCAAGAAAGAAGCCCUUUAUCUAUCAAUCUGAGUGCAAGAGAGGAGAGGGAGAUCAUUGAUAGAGAAAAGCAGCGUUUGGAAAGAGAGAGGUGUGAAAAGAUGAAGAGAAAGAACCAGGAGAAGGAGAGGAAAAUGUUUAGUCUGCGUUCAAGAAUGUACAUUUGGUGGCUCAAUUGCAAGAUAGACCGCAUUGCCAGGGACAUCCACUCAACCUUUGUGGAUGAGAGCUACCUCCUGCGUCAUGAUCCCCUCAGAAAUCCAGAGAAAAUGGCAGAAAAAGAACGGCUGCUUGACCUAAGGAGGGAGCUGGUCCUGUACAAACGCAGACAAGAAUUUAAGGUCGAGAGGGAAGUGAGGAAGCAAAGACUGAAGGUAGAGAAGAAGGAAAUAAAUGCGAAGGAAAUGAAGAAUAUCUCUGAGUUAUGCAGCAACUCAGAAUACCCAGCUAUGUUAAAUUUUCUCUACUGGCCAAUGCCACUCAGGUCACAUAUAUAUAUCAAUUAAGAUAAAAGUAGAGCAAUCAGAAAAAUGGCACCAAAUAGAGAGAGGUAAUUGAGGGAGACGGCAAACAUUUCAGAUUUGAAGUAAAGAAAAGUAAAAUAUUCUUUUAAAACAUUAGCAACCACCAUCAAAUAUCCUUGUAACCACAUGAUAACACCCUAGAUGUUGGCUUUAAUUAUAGUAAUAGGAAUAGUAAUAAAAACUCAUAAAAAAAGCACACUAGAAUGAAGGAAGGCAACACUAGGGCGACAAAAGUGAAAAAUUCAAAUAGCCUAAGCCGCAAACUUCGAAAAAAGCAGAAUAAAACUUUGAAAAAAGAGACAAACAUUUUUAAGAAGGGCGCCCGGAUAGCUCAGUUGGU